UGACCAUGGUGCAGCUGAGCUAACCCUGUGUACAGAGAUAAUCAGGACCAAGAUUUAAAUGCCGACUGGGGAGUGCCAACAAACAAAUACCCUCUAACAAAAGCAUCAAAAUCUAUUGGAGCAUGGAGACUGUUUGUGCCACUGGAGUGGCCGCUCGACUCAGGAGUGAAUGGGAUCGCAGUGAAGGUCUUGGGCAGAAUGACAAAGCUAUGAAAUUCCUUGGUCAAGACUUUGAGUCUUUGCGUGCAAGCUGCCUCCAGAGUGGUCGUUUAUAUGAGGAUGAUACCUACCCAGCCCAAACCUCUUCUCUAGGAUUUAAGGAGCUGGCACCUGGUUCUGCCAAAACCAAAGGAGUGCGCUGGAUGAGACCCACGGAGUUCUGUAGUGACCCGCACUUCAUCGUCGAUGGAGCAACUCGCACAGACAUCUGCCAAGGCGCUCUAGGGGACUGUUGGCUUUUGGCGGCCAUUGCGAGUCUAACCUUGAACGAGCCUUUGCUGCAUCGUGUGGUUCCUCAUGGCCAGAGCUUCCACCAUCAAUAUGCAGGAAUCUUUCAUUUUCAGUUUUGGCAGUUUGGGGACUGGGUGGAUGUAGUGAUUGAUGACCGGCUGCCAGUGAGAGAUGGAAAGCUCCUAUUUGUUCACUCAGCUGAAGGGACAGAGUUCUGGAGUGCCCUUGUAGAGAAGGCAUAUGCCAAGUUAAAUGAAUGUUAUGAGGCGCUCUCUGGAGGCAGUACGUCUGAGGGCUUUGAGGAUUUUACUGGCGGAGUUACAGAAAUGUAUGAACUGAAGAAAGCUCCACCCAACCUGUUUAGCAUCAUCCAAAGAGCUGUGGAAAGAGGAUCUCUACUGGGCUGCUCCAUAGAUAUCACAGGACUGUUUGACAUGGAGGCGGUCACUUUUAAAAAGCUGGUGAAAGGCCAUGCUUAUUCUGUUACAGGAGUGGAGGAGGUGGAGUGUAGAGGAAAUGUCAUAAAGCUAAUUCGCAUCAGGAACCCCUGGGGAGAGGUUGAAUGGACUGGAGCCUGGAGUGACAAUUCCAAGGAGUGGAGUGGAAUUGAGCCCUCAGUAAGGGCAAGCCUGUACAAUCGCUCUGAAGAUGGAGAGUUCUGGAUGUCAUUUAGUGAUUUUAUGAGGGAGUUCAGUAGGCUGGAGAUUUGUAAUCUGACUGCAGAUGCACUACAGACCUGUGAGCUGAAGAAGUGGAGUUCGUCCCUUUAUCCUGGAGAGUGGAGAAGAGGCAGCACUGCGGGAGGCUGCAGGAACUACCCGGCAACCUUUUGGAUCAACCCUCAAUAUAAAAUUGUGCUGAAGGAUCCGGACGUUGAGGGUCAAGAUGGCUGCAGUUUCCUAGUAGCACUAAUGCAGAAGGAUAGGCGGCGGUUACGGCGUGAGGGCAAGGACAUGGAAACUAUUGGAUAUGCAGUUUAUGAGGUUCCCAAAGAGUUUCUGGGCAGCACCGGUGUUCAUCUGAAACGUGACUUCUUUCUCACCCACACAUCCAGCGCUCGAUCUGAGCUCUUCAUCAACCUGCGAGAGGUGAGCUCACGCUUCUGUCUGCCAGCUGGGGAGUACAUCAUAGUUCCCUCCACCUUUGAACCCAAUAAAGAGGGUGAUUUUGUGCUAAGGGUCUUCUCUGAAAAAGCUGCAGACUCUGAGGAACUUGAUGAUGAGCUUUCUGCUGACCUGCCAGAAGAGCCCGUGCUAGCAGAAAGUGAGAUUGAUGAAGGCUUUAAGGCACUUUUCACCAAGCUAGCUGGAAAGGAAAUGGAGAUUGAUGUACCAAAACUUCAGACAAUUUUGAAUCGUGUAGUAAGCAAACACAAGGACUUGAAAACUAACGGCUUUGACAAGGAGGCUUGCAGAAGCAUGAUUAAUCUUUUGGAUACAACUGGUAAAGGAAAGCUGGGCUUAAUGGAUUUUCAUGGGCUUUGGGAGAAGAUCAAGCACUAUCUGACUGUGUUUAGAGACUUCGAUUUGGACAAGUCUGGCACCAUGAGCUCCUAUGAAAUGCGUCUGGCACUAGAAUCUGCAGGCUUCAAGCUGACCAAUCACCUGUUUCAGUUAAUAAUCCUGCGUUAUUCUAAGCCAGACAUGAAUGUGGACUUUGACAGCUUUGUAACCUGCCUGAUUCGUCUAGAGAGCAUGUUCAAGACGUUCAAGACUUUGGACACAGAUUCAGAUGGAGUGGUGUCUCUAAGUUUUCCUCAGUGGAUCUCUCUUACCAUGUUUACCUAGAUGGUGUCUUGACUUCUUCAUUGUACUCAACUACUACUCGUACUUUCUUCUUUUUUCUGCCUGUGUUGCCUCUUAUACAUUCUCUCAUUUUGUCUAUACACCCUCUUUGUUGUACCUUUGCCAAAGAAAGGUAACACUGUAUUAUAAAAAUUUUAAAAAUA